GGAAGCGCGCCGGGCGAGGCUGACUCCUCCCCUGCCGCGGUUUCCCGGGACCGCGCCUCGGAGUCUCCGGGCAUGGAGCGCGCGCGGGGCCGGGGCGGCGGCGGCGGCGGCGGCGUUAACCUGUCGUUCCGAGGGCUCCGGAGCCGCGAGCGCGAGCCGGUGAAGCUGCGCAAGAGAAAGUCCGCCUUGUACCUCGGCCCCGGGGAGAGCGCCGGCGGGCGUCGCGGAGGUCUUCUGGGCGGAAGCAUUUAUCUGGUCCUGUUCACUGUAGCUUUUCGAAUAUGUAACUGCUUUCUAGUGCAGACAAGUUUUGUUCCUGACGAAUACUGGCAGUCUCUGGAAGUUGCGCAUCACAUGGUUUUCAAUUACGGCUAUUUGACCUGGGAGUGGACAGAAAGACUGAGGGGUUACAUUUACCCUCUAAUCUUCGCAAGCACUUACAAGAUUCUGCAUCUUUUGGGAAAAGAUCAUGUUCUGUUGUUGAUUUGGAUUCCUAGACUAAACCAAGCAUUUCUAUCUGCUAUAGCAGACCUGAAACUUUACUCAUUAAUGAAGCAGUUGGAGAAUCAGCAAGUGGCAAAAUGGGUGUUUUUUUGCCAGUUAUGCUCUUGGUUUACAUGGUAUUGCUGUACCAGAACUCUCACAAACACCAUGGAAACUAUCCUCACAGUAAUUGCUCUCUUCUACUAUCCUUUGGAAGGUUCAAAGUCUAUGAGCAGUAUUAAAUACUCUUCUCUAGUGGCACUUGCUUUCCUAAUCCGUCCCACAGCUCUGAUUCCAUGGAUUCCUCUGGUCUUCAGACAUUUAUGGCAAGAACAGAGAAAACUUGAUCUUAUUCUACAUCAGUUUUUGCCUAUAGGAUUUGUCGCUUUGAGUUUGUCUCUGAUAAUCGAUCGUAUUUUUUUUGGCCAAUGGACUCUGGUUCAGUUUAACUUUUUGAAAUUCAACGUGCUACAGAAUGUGGGAGCCUUUUAUGGUUCUCACCCAUGGCACUGGUACUUCAGUCAAGGAUUUCCAGUUAUCCUGGGUGUGCAUUUGCCCUUCUUUAUCCAUGGCUGCUUCCUAGCCCCAAAGAAGUGUCAAAUACUUUUGAAUACUGUGGUAUGGACUCUUCUAGUUUAUAGCAUGUUGAGUCACAAAGAAUUCAGGUUUAUCUAUCCAGUUCUCCCAAUCUGUAUGAUAUUCUGUGGGUACUCACUAAACCAUUUGAAAACAUGGAAGAUACCAGCUCUAAGUUUCCUGUUUCUAUCAAAUAUGCUUUUUGCCCUCUAUACUGGUUUAAUUCAUCAAAGAGGUACUCUUGAUGUCAUGACUUAUAUUCAAGAACUCUGUCACAACAAUACAAAUAAAUCUUCAGCUUCGGUAUUUUUCAUGAUGCCUUGCCACUCCACACCGUAUUACAGCCAUGUCCAUCAUCCACUUCCAAUGAGGUUUCUUCAGUGUCCCCCAAACCUGACUGGUGAGAGCCACUAUCUUGAUGAAGCCGACACAUUUUACCUGAAUCCCUCAAAGUGGUUAGAUAAAGAGUUUCACAAAAAUUCGACAUUGCCUACUCACUUGUUCAUCUUCAGUGUUUUGGAAGAGGAAAUAGGUGCUUUCCUAAUUUCAAACAACUAUGAAAGAACUGCUGUUUUCUUCCACACUCACUUUCCAGAGGGCCGAAUUGGAAGUCACAUAUUUGUCUAUGAGCAGAAAUUAAAACAGAAACUCGACAGAAGAUGAAAUUUGGAACUGUGUUUUGACCAAGUACACAGAUAAUGCUUAGAUAUGUUAGUAAAUGUGGGAAAGAUUCACAGCAGGAUGAUUCUGUUUUUGUCCCAUAUAUUAAUGAGAAAAUGUAUUUAAAAUAAAAUCACAAUGCCAUAUUUUAAAUAAAGACCUUUAGUUUUCCUCA